AUGUUCACAGUGCCUGCCAGGAUCAGCUCAUCUUCCAGCCAAACACACAUCGCAGAGAAGGAUCCCUCCAAAUGUCAGUGGCAAUUAAAGCCAUCUGCAGAGAAAAGGAAGAUGCAGCACUUUAAGCAACUGAAAUGGCAUAUUUUCAAAUCAAGUAAGAAUCUUGGGAGUUUGCUGUCUCUGGGGUCAGAAACACCAAAUUCUAUCAUGACCCUGGAACAGAAAACAACAUUUGCCUUUGUGAUUUUGCUAUUUAUUUUCUUGGGAAUCCUGAUUUUUGCUACUUGAAUUCUCCUUGACCCCUACCAGAGUAUGCCAGCCUCAGCCUGGGCUGAUGGACUUGAUGGUCUGGAGACAGGACAGUUUGACUGUGCUCUUGCUUAG